AUGGGGUUCACGGUCGUCAAACGCGCCACUUGGUCGCCAGAGGAGGACGCGCGGCUGCUGGAUCUUGUGGGGCGCUACGGCCCCCAGAACUGGACGGCGAUUGCCGGCCACAUGGGGGGCGGGCGCAACAGCAAGAGCUGCCGGCUGCGGUGGUUCAAUCAGCUUGAUCCGCGGGUCAACAAGGAGCCCUUUACAGAGGAAGAGAAGCAAGUCAUCAUCGAGAUGCACGCUCAGAUGGGCAACAAGUGGGCGCUGAUUGCCAAGCACCUGCCAGGCCGCACCGACAACGCCAUCAAGAACUACUGGUGCGCACGGGAUGCACUGUGCGGGCGCACGUGA